AUGCAUGAAGCCUUAACGAUUUUUCAUAUCCUCUUUCUCUUUCUAAAUUUCUCCUCUGUCUUCCUCUCCUCCUAUGCCAGAGGCGGCCUUCAUCAAUCUAAUCACUCGGGUUAUGUAGAUAACAAUUAUGGGGGUUCUAUCAGGCGGUUAUAUGCAGAAAAGAACUUUCUAGUAUCUGAGGAAGAGCACUUUCAGAAACUUGAAAAAUUAGCUCAAGGGUAUAUGAGUAAUUCAGAUCUCGAGAAGGCCAUCAAGGCAUUUAAUGGCCGAUGCAGUAACAUAUCCAGAAUCUACAGUAUUGGAGAGAGUGUUCUUGGAGUUCCAUUGUGGGUGAUGGAAAUUUCUGACAGGCCUGGAGAAAAAGAGGCUGAGCCUGCUUUUAAGUUCAUUGGAAAUGUGCAUGGAGAUGAACCUCUAGGUCGUGAACUUCUGUUGCUUCUAGCAAAUUGGAUUUGUGAUAACUACAUGAAGGACCAAUUGGCUACCUUGAUUGUGGAUAAUAUCCACCUUCAUAUACUUCCUUCCAUGAAUCCCGAUGGAUAUUCAUUGAGGAAGCGUGGUAAUGCAAACAAUAUAGACUUAAAUCGUGAUUUUCCAGACCAGUUCUUUCCAAUGAAUGAUGACCUGGAUUCACGACAACCUGAAACGAAAGCAAUCAUGAAUUGGUUGGAAGAGAUACAUUUUACAGCAUCUGCCAGUCUGCACGGGGGAGCACUUGUUGCUAAUUAUCCAUGGGAUGGAACUGAAGAUAGAAAGAAAAAUUACUAUGCAUGUCCUGAUGACGAGACUUUUAGAUUUUUGGCAAGUGUAUACAGUAAAUCUCACCAUAACAUGUCUCUGAGCAAGGAAUUUCCUAAAGGAAUUACAAACGGAGCAUUCUGGUAUCCUAUAUAUGGCGGCAUGCAAGAUUGGAACUACAUUCAUCAUGGAUGCUUUGAACUAACCUUGGAGAUCAGUGACAACAAAUGGCCUCAUGCGAGCGAGCUUCCAACCCUCUGGGAAUAUAAUAAAAUGAGUAUGUUGAAUCUUGUUGCAAGUUUAGUGAAGACAGGAAUACAUGGAAGAAUAGUUUCAUCAGAUCGUGGUAGACCCUUGCCUGCGACAAUAACCAUCAGGGGAAUAAACUACACGAUUCCAGCCAGUAAACCAUUUGCUGAUUACCACCGGUUGCUAGCUCCCAGAGAGAAAUAUGAAGUUAUUGCGACAAUGCCUGGAUACAGAUCAAAGAGCGCCUGUAUUGUACUCGGAGAAGCAGCAAUGACGAUAGAUUUUGUUCUUGAUCCUGAAACCACUCAUCCGGGCAGUCAACUGAUAGUCGACUCUGAUUGUUACUUCGAGAACAAGACAAGUCUUAAAGUUCUCGAGCUUCUUCCAAGGGCCCAUUUAGAACUUUCUAUAGUCUUGAUUUUAAUUUUGAUAUUUCUUUGCUUCUUAAUGAAUAGGAAAGUAAUAUCAAAUUCUCUAUACCAAAGACAAAGCAUAGGGCCAAAACGGCCGGCUGUUAUAUGA